AUGGAAAAUUCUCAGAAGCACGGUUUCUCACCCGGUAAGCACUGGGUAGAUCACGUCGGUGAAUUCCAAGCAUCAGAUCCUUCCGGCGCCGGAUCCAUUGUCGUUAUUGAGCAGCCCGAGAACCAGUACUGUGCUGUGACGGGUGGGAUCAUGGCGACCCGGAUGAAAGCCCUUGGGAUCAAAGCCACGGUUGUGGGUGGUCGUGUCAGGGACUUGAAGGAAUUGCAAGCUACUGGGCUUCCGAUCUGGGCUCGUGCUACUUCUACUGUUGGCUCCAAUGCCGAGGCUAAAGCUGGUGCUCGUGACGUGCCAGUCUCAAUAGGUGGUGUUCCUGUUUCGCCUGGAGACAUUAUCUUUUGUGAUCCUUUGGAAGGAGUAGUGGCUAUUCCUCGCGAGCUGCUUGACCAAGUACUUGAGCUCAUGCCUAAACUGACUCGAAUGGAUGAGCAGGCUAAAGAGGCCGUUGCACUGGGAAUGAGUGUCACUGAUGCUUUUAAGAAAUUCCGCUGA